AAAAAUCUUGGAAAAGCUUCAAACUUAAUAUCUAAAGAUGACUGGACGCGGAAAGGGAGGAAAAGGAUUGGGAAAAGGUGGCGCCAAGCGUCAUCGUAAGGUGUUGCGCGAUAACAUCCAGGGUAUUACCAAGCCGGCCAUUCGCCGUCUGGCCCGUCGUGGUGGCGUCAAACGUAUCUCUGGUUUGAUCUAUGAGGAAACCCGUGGCGUGCUUAAGGUAUUCUUGGAAAACGUCAUUCGUGAUGCUGUCACUUACACUGAGCACGCCAAGCGUAAGACCGUCACUGCUAUGGACGUGGUAUACGCCUUGAAGCGUCAAGGACGCACUCUAUACGGUUUUGGCGGUUAAAUCGUUAAUAUUGAAAGUAUGACUGUCGCACGAUUGGACUUAAUCGGUAUACUUAUAACGCAACAUAUUUAAUCUUCGAUCUAUUUAAUCUUGAAUACUUGAGCAAAUCUAUGCAGUAGCAAUUACAAUAUGUAUUGACAACAAAAUAUUCCAAUAUACUAUUAUAAACAUAUAAAUGCAUUACGUAUGACACUUGCAACUUUCUUGUAUGUAGAAUGUAUUUGCACUUUGCAUUAAAAGAUCUACAGACACUACAAAUCAAAAUGCCAAUAAAUCAUAUGUAAAAGGC